AGCAAAUUCAAAAGCGAGUUUCUCGAAGGCGAGCUUCCUUCGGCAGGUCAUUCAUCCUUCCGAAUUCCACGCGGUUGUCCGAACUUUAGAGAGAGAGAGAGAGAGAGAGAGAGAGAGAGGUUCGUCUGCUGUCAUUCGCAGCGUCGGAGCGCCUUCUCCACUGAACAGAGACAAGGAGAGCGGGGGAGAUGGGCAGCGAUAUGGAGCCAGCGAAACUCCUUCUUCCUUACCUCCAGAGAGCCGAUGAAUUGCAGAAGCACGAACCCCUUGUCGCCUACUACUGCCGUCUGUACGCGAUGGAGAGGGGACUCAACAUCCCACAAAAGGAGCGGACGAAGACCACAAACGCCCUCCUUGUAUCCCUCAUGAACCAGCUCGAGAAGGAUAAAAAGUCAGUAACUUUGGGGCCUGAUGACCAUCUUCACAUUGAAGGUUUUGCCUUGAACAUUUUCACAAAAGCUGAUAAGCAAGACCGAGCUGGACGUGCUGACUUGAAUACGGCAAAGACUUUCUAUGCGGCUAGCAUAUUUUUUGAGAUACUUAGCCAGUUUGGAGCUCUUCAGCCAGAUAUUGAGCAAAAGCAAAAGUAUGCUGCUUGGAAAGCUGCAGACAUCAGAAAAGCUUUAAAGGAAGGGCGGAGGCCUGAACCUGGUCCUCCAGGUGGUGAUAGUGGCACAUCCAUGCCCUCUAGCCCGACAAACACAAAUGAAGUUAGACAUGUUGGUACCUUUGAAUCAAGCCAACCAGAACAAAAUAUGCUGCCAAUGUACCCAGACAGCUCCAGGGAACCUUCUGUAACUCAUUCAUCGUCUUUUACAUAUAGAAGUGAUGAGUACCGUUCUUCUGUUGAUAUGCACCAAAAUACAUCACAGGAUUCUUCAGCAAAAAUGGGAACUGGACAUAUCAAUACUCUUGCAUCCAGCCAACUGAAGCAGGACACAGUGUCAUACCCAGACAACUCCAAGCAACCUCCUCUCUCUCAUUCGUCAUCUUUUGCACAUGAAAGUGCUCAUCAAAAUCUGUCACAGGCUUUUUCUGCAAAAGUAACCCUGAAUCAGACAUAUCCACAACCUUAUCAUGCACCACCUCCACAAGAGCACCAUCAAGCAUCAUCAUCAACACAACAGCAUUAUCCCUCUCAUGACAUGACCCACCCUUAUUCUUCUUACUCGGGUUACCACUCUUAUCCAAGUAUUGGUGACAACAGCCCAGCAGCAGCAUCUGCUUUGCAUCCCACCUACCAUCAAGAUGCUAGUACUGGAUAUGUUGGUGCAUCUUAUAUACAGCAGCCUGAGCAUCGUCUUCCUGAUUUCCCUGCUAGCAGUGGUCAAUGUAGUUCUGCAAGCAAUGAAUGGAGUUACACUGAGAAGCCAAAGUCACCUGCAUCUUUUACCUAUGAUUCCAGCUAUCAGCCACCACCUGAUAAGAUUGCGGAGGCCCAUAAAGCAGCGAGAUUUGCAGUUGGAGCCUUAGCAUUUGAUGAUGUUGCAGUUGCAGUCGACUUCCUCCGACGAUCCCUUGAAUUAUUGACCAACCCAUCUGCAACAACCCAAUAAGACUUUGUGAUGGUUUUGCAGUUGGUUUGUAAAUUGUUAGUCUGGUAACUUCAUUUAGCAAAAGGAAAGAAGAAGAGAUAUCUGGUGUCAUGCUUUGUUGAAAUGCAUUUUUUCUUUUUGUUUGUCAACGGAUUCAUUAUCAUCUAUAGAGGGCAGCAUUGUGAAGACGGGUGAUAUUCAUGCAUCCCCAACUUUCUUUUUAAAAAUUCAGGUGAGAUGACUUGGUGCAAGUAUGUAAGGUAUGACAAUUCUGUCAUUCUGUUUGAUUUGCAUCAGAUGUCAUACCUCCGUAGACUUAUGAAAGAGGGAUAGAGAUCCUGAAAUGAU